UGAUGAUGAUGAUGCCUCAUUUUUGCCAAACGUGUGGCUCCCACUACCGUCAAGGCUGAAACGUUUUUUUUUUUUUUGUUUUUUUUUGCUGUUUGUUUGUUUUUAUGUUUGCAAAGGACAGGUGCAUGGAGAUCGUAGGUGUCAACAUGGGACCUUUCUUUGUUUGUUUGUUUCUUUUUCUUUUGGUUUUUUUCGAUGCUCAUCACAGGAGUAGCUACAGGAAGCAGAUCGGCCGUAAUGGAUUCACGGUGUAAGUGAUGGUGCUGCGCUAUGAUCUCCAGGGACCUUCCGAGUUGUGUAAUGCAUUUAUUCCAUCUACAAGGCGCGCUGCCGUGCAACCUCUCCACGGAUGAGCGCCGCUAAUUGGGGCCCGAUGAUGUAGAGCCAAAUCCACCUGGAUCAAGCUGCUUCCCCCCCUGUGACUCGUCAUGUUCAAUUGAUUUCCUUUUUUUUUUUUUUACCCCGAAGGAUUUUUUUGUGCCACUUUUUUUCCCAAAAUAUUUUUUUUUCAGCAUUAAAUAUGUUUAGAUUGUCCCCAAAGUUGAACAGCUCACGUCGUAUGAGACAUUUAAUCCGAGUCAACCUUGUGACUGAAUAGUUCCCUGACUUUUUUUUUAACCCCCUCCCCUCUCCUCCUCCUCUUCCUCCUCCUCACCCCGUCGGUGGAGCGAAACUUUCCCUGUGUGUCUGUUUAUCCGUUGCGUCCUCCACAAUGUCCAGAUCAAACAGCGUCAGCCCGCCCGGACUCGGUGCGCCCGGGCUUAGGGGAGGGACCGAGCACAGAUCAGCCUGGGGAGAGGCUGACUCUGUGGCCAACGGGUGCCCAUACUCAGCCAGAUCUCCGCGCAACAAGCUCACCCGCACCAACAGCCGCUGGAGGCAGCAGCAGCAGCAGCAGCAGGGGGAGGAGGAGGCGGAGGAUGUUGAUCCGGAGCGCCGGCCUCCUCCAGGGAGAGCCUCCACCACCGUCAGCAGCAGGGUCAGCUUCAGGUCCCGCUCGGCUUGGCAAGACCAUGGCGAGGAGGAGAGCCGCGGCAACAGCAACCCCGCGUCCUCGAAGCGCGCCGACCUGGCCGAGGUGAGGCCUAAGUCCGUGGAGCUGGGUCUGGAGGAGCGCCGGGCCAGAUCGCGGAGCGACAACAAUAAGGGGGAGCGCGAGGAAGACUGGGUCAUGCCGGAGGUGAACGUCUCCCUGGUGGCGUGCUGCGUCAGCGUCAUGCGCGUCUUCAAGUCCAAGAAGUUCCAGUCGGAGAAGCUGGAGCGGCUCUACCAGCGCUACUUCUUCCGCCUCAACCAGAGCAGCCUGACCAUGCUGAUGGGGGUGCUGGUGCUGGUCUUCACCGUCAUGCUGGCCUUCCACUGCUCCGGAGCUCCGACGGUGCCCUACGUGGUGGUGUUCUCCCUGGCCAUCUUCCUCACGCUGGUGCUCAUGGUGGUGUGCAACCGGAACGCGUUCCACCAGGACCACAUGUGGGUGGUGUGCUACGCCGUGAUCCUGCUGGUGAUCGUGAUCCAGGUGAUAGGCGUGCUGCUGGUGCAGCCCCGGAGCGCCUCGGAGGGGAUCUGGUGGACCGUGUUCUUCAUCCAUGUCAUCUACACGCUGCUGCCCGUCAGGAUGCGCGCCGCUGUCAUCACUGGAGUUAUUCUCUCCGCCAUCCACGUGGCCAUUUCUUGGAUGUUGAACGGAGUGGACAGCUUUCUGUGGAAACAGAUAGUCUCCAACAUCCUGGUCUUCUCCUGCUCAAACAUUGUAGGAGUGUGUACGCACUACCCGGCUGAGGGCUCCCAGAGGCAGGCCUUCCAGGAGACCAGGGAGUGCAUCCAGGCUCGCCUCCACUCCCAGAGGGAAAACCAGCAGCAGGAGCGCCUCUUACUCUCAGUACUUCCUCGUCAUGUUGCCAUGGAGAUGAAGGCUGACAUAAAUGCCAAGCAGGAGGACAUGAUGUUUCACAAGAUCUACAUCCAAAAGCACGACAACGUCAGCAUCCUGUUUGCUGACAUCGAGGGCUUCACCAGUCUGGCGUCGCAGUGCACGGCUCAGGAGUUGGUGAUGACGCUCAAUGAGCUUUUCGCCCGCUUUGACAAGUUGGCAGCGGAGAACCACUGUCUGCGGAUCAAGAUCCUGGGCGACUGCUACUACUGCGUGUCUGGGCUCCCAGAGGCCAGAGCCGAUCACGCCCACUGCUGCGUGGAGAUGGGGCUGGACAUGAUCGAGGCCAUCUCGCUGGUGCGGGAGGUGACCGGGGUGAACGUGAACAUGCGAGUCGGCAUCCACAGCGGCAGAGUGCACUGCGGGGUGCUGGGACUCAGGAAGUGGCAGUUUGACGUCUGGUCCAACGACGUCACGCUCGCAAAUCAGAUGGAAGCGGGAGGCAAGGCCGGGCGCAUACACAUCACAAAGGCCACCCUGAACUACCUGAACGGGGACUACGACGUGGAGCCGGGAGCAGGAGGAGAGAGAAACGCCUACUUGAAGAGGAGCAACAUAGAAACCUACCUCAUUGUGGGCUGCAGUCAGAAAAGGAAAGAGGAAAAGGCGAUGAUUGCCAAAAUGAGUCGACAGAGGACCAACUCCGUCACCCACAACAGCGGCCACUGGGCUGACCGUGCCUUCCACAACCACAUCUCUAAGGAGAUGAAGAGGAUGGGCUUUGAGGAUCCCAAAGACAAGCAUUUUAUUUUCAGGAACACGCAAGAAAACCUGAACCCGGAGGACGAGGUGGACGAGUUCCUGGGCCGGGCCAUCGACGCGCGCAGCAUCGACCGCCUGCGCUCCGAACACGUCAAAAAGUUCCUGCUCACCUUCAGAGAGCCCGACCUGGAAAAAAAGUACUCCAGGCAGGUGGACACCAGGUUCGGGGCGUACGUGGCCUGUGCCACCCUCGUCUUUUUCUUCAUCUGCUUCAUCCAGAUCGUCAUUGUGCCGACCUCCAGUCUGAUGAUCGGCUUCUUCAUCACGUGCUUCAUCAUCCUGACGGGCGUCAUGUUCAUCUCAGCUGUGUACUGCUGCUUUGGAAUCUUCCCCGCUCCUCUGCAGACUCUUUCCAAAAGUAUCGUCCAGUCCCGACUCAACAGCACCUUGGUGGGCGUCUUCACCAUCAUCAUCGUCUUCCUGUCCGCUUUCAUUAACAUUUUCACCUGCAGCAGUCACGACCUGCGGAGCUGCAUCAAGUCGGAGCUCAACAUCAGCCGGGACCUGGUGGACGCCUGCCACGCUGUCCUCCUCAACUACAACCUGGACACGCAGCACGGCUCCUGCGGAGACGACGCCCUCAUCUGCAGCUUCCCUGAGUACUUCACCUGCUGUGUGCUGCUCAGCCUGCUGGCCUGCUCCGUCUUCCUGCAGGUCAGCAGCAUCGGGAAACUCUUCCUCAUGCUCUUCAUCGAGCUGCUCUACCUGCUCAUCAUGGAGGUGCCUAAAGUGAGCCUUUUUGACAACCAGGACCUGCUGGUUAUAGCAAACGCCCUGAAUUACACCAAACCAGAAAACGGCACAAGGUGUCUGGUGGACAACAAGGUUCCUCUGAAGAUCAUGACCCCCGUGGUGAUCACUGUCUUCGUCCUCGCCCUUUACCUUCACGCCCAGCAGGUGGAGUCGACGGCCAGGCUGGACUUCCUCUGGAAGCUGCAGGCCACAGAGGAGAAGGAGGAGAUGGAGGAGCUGCAGGCAUACAACCGCCGCCUGCUCCACAACAUCCUGCCCAAAGACGUGGCCGCUCACUUCCUGCAGCGCGAGCGGCGCAACGACGAGCUCUACUACCAGUCCUGCGAGUGCGUCGCCGUCAUGUUCGCCUCCAUCAGCAACUUCUCCGAGUUCUACGUGGAGCUGGAAGCCAACAACGAAGGGGUGGAGUGUCUGCGGCUGCUCAACGAGAUCAUCGCCGACUUCGACGAGAUCAUCAGCGAGGAUCAGUUCCGUCAGCUGGAGAAGAUCAAGACCAUCGGCUCCACAUACAUGGCGGCUUCCGGUCUCAACGAUUCCACGUACGACAAGGCCGGGCGCUCGCACAUCCGCGCCAUGGCCGACUACGCCAUGCGGAUGAUGGACCAGAUGAAAUACAUCAACGAACACUCCUUCAACAACUUCAAAAUGAAAAUAGGUCUAAACAUUGGCCCAGUGGUUGCUGGAGUGAUAGGGGCUAAGAAGCCUCAGUACGACAUUUGGGGGAACACGGUAAACGUAGCGAGCCGCAUGGACAGCACAGGGGUCCCGGAGAGGAUCCAGGUGACGGCGGAUCUGCAGCAGGUGCUGAACUCCUACAACUACACACUGGAAUACCGAGGCGUCGUCACCGUCAAAGGCAAAGGAGAGAUGAUGACCUACUUUCUCACGGCUGGACCCCCCGGAAGUUAACCUUCACUAAGUGACAAUCAGACACAUGGGAGGUUGUGCACCGUCUCUCGUAACGAGCUGGCGAACAGACAGACCUCCGACAGCUUAGGGCAGAUUGAGAGUUUUCCCCUCGCAGCAGCGGACGCUCCUUGAACCGGUCGGCACGUCGAACGGACGGAAGGAUUCGUCCUUCUUUUUUUUUUUUUCAGGAGGAGCUCACGGACGGCCGAGGGGACGUCUGCUCUAGUGAAUUUUUGACCAAAGAUGUCCAAUCGGAGCGCAAAGACAGAUUCGUCCAGCCCGGCCCUGACAGAAAACAAAAAGAAAAAGAUCCUGGAAGAAACUUGCCCAGUCGGGUUCUCCGAUGGGGUUCUUGGACAAAACGUACAGGGCGACCUGAGCUACGUCGCCUGCUCUCUGCCUUUUUUUUUUGUUUUAUUAUUAUUUCCCUGCUGUUUCUGAACUCUAUGUACAUGUAAAACCCAGAAAGUUUUAUGUGUAUGUGGAUGACUUUAUGUACCGUUUGUAGAGAUGCAGAUCUCUCAAGUACGGACACAAAGCCAGCAGCACUGCAGUCCUCGCUUGUUAGUGCGUCCAUCUCUCCGUCAAUCAGCACCAGACGACCUGCGUGCGUCACAAAAAGUAUUCACAUCCCUUGAACUCCUUCACGUUUUGUCACUUUGGAAAAGACAAAAGUUUAUUUCUAAGAGGCUUUAUGUAAUAAACCAAUACAGAGGCAGGGGUACAUGUGAAAUUGAAGUAAAAGGAUAGAUUUAAGGAAAACGUUUUUUGCAAAUAUCUGAAGAGUGUGGAGUGCCCACGUCAAUAUUUUGUACAACCGCCAGCUGCAAAGACUUUCGAUGAAUUUCUCGACCAACUUAUAAACUCUAAAAUGUUUUACCUUUUCCUUUUUCAAAAUGACCCAAGCUCAUUUAGAUUUGAAUUAAGUUUUUCUGUAAUUGUUUUUUAGCAUCAUAGAUUCUUUAUUAGUUUUAGCAUUAGCUUUGGGAUGCUGCAUUUGCUGGAAGGAAACUUCAAGUCUUUUGAUGCUUCUAAAAGGCUUUCCUUCUUUCAACCCCAUUUCUGUUGGAGAAAAACAUCCCCACAGUAUGACGCUGCCACCACCCUGUUUCUUGAUGGUGUGAGUGUGCCCAACGUAAUAUGCUUGAUAGCUUAACUGCCACACAUGGUGUUUUAAUGUGACAACAGCAUCUUCUUCCACAUGUUUGUCCCUCGUGGGCCUCCAUACCUCUUGUUCUCUUGCCACUCUUCUUUAUUCACCAGGAGAGGAACCUCUGGAGGCAAUCGAGCAUUUUUUGUUUUCUCUUUUAGAAUAGAAACAAUUCAGCAAUUUCUAUUUGCGCUCCCAGUAAAUUCCCGUUGACGUCUGAUGUUGUAAAGUGACAAAACGUGGAAAGUCAGACGGGUAUGAAUACUUUUUUUUUUUUGGGGGCGGGGUACUCUAUGAGUUCCUGCACACCGUUUGUCUCAUACUCCUAUAGUAUAUAGAUUAUGUUUAAUUGAAAAGUCCAACACAGUGUUUAUAUGAAGCUUCCCAUUAUCCUCAGUGAGUAAAAAACAAAAAAAGAAGAAAAAAAGCUUUUUUACUUCUGAAGAGGUUUUGUAUUUUGACUUCAAAACACCAACCCCACUAGAUAUUUAAAGAUUAUAUAUUUUCUACAUUCAUAUAAUACAGAGCUAUGUAUAAACUACAGUGCGUCUCCACAUGUGCACACAGCAAGAAGCCCUCACUGGUGUUGCCUGAUUCCCUCUCCCCUCCUGCUCUUUUGAACAAAUCAAGCAUACCUUUUUUUUUCUUUUUUUUUUUUUUAUAUGCAGGAAGUCGACUGCUGCUCCCCUUCGAUGUGUCUCAAUGUCACAGCAGAGAGGAAAACGCGGUCGGAGCGACUCGCUAGAUGGACCGAAAGGCAUCAGCCGCGGCGCUCAGACGCCAUUUUGCACUCCGGUGCUUUCCGCCGUCCACCCCUCCGCCUCGCGCACAGCUCCACCUGCAGGCCCUAAUUGUUUGCUCGCUUAGGUGGUACGACACAAUGAAUGUCCAAUGUUCUCCAAUGAGGCCUUCAAUGCGGACUCUAGAGCGACUACCAUGAUGAUGCUCAGCCUGUCGACAGAGACGGAUUGAGCAUGCGUGGGAAAAUGUGCACUUUUUAAAUCUGCUGUUUAUGGUUUUUUUUGUUUGUUUUUUCUCUCAUCAAAGUUUUUCUUUCAGUAUUGCAUCAUUGCUCUGCAUUGCUUCCUCUCACAUACAGAACUUUCACCCGUUGCUUGGAUGAGUCCGACUAUAGUAAUGUAAAAUUCUUCGGGACAAUGUCAAACUUUCACUUGAGAAUAUGAAAAAUCUUCAUCCUUUGAUGUUUUUAUUGCCAGUAAAGGUCACGAAUGCCCAAAAUUUGCUAAUAUUUGGGAAUAAAUACAACAAAAGGGGGGGAAAUGACUAAAAAGAAAAAAAAAUCUGUAAUUUGUUAGCCAUAAUCUAUUAACCGCUUCGGCCAGACUAGGUCUUUUCCCAAACAAAAACUGCGAUACCAAACUUCUAUUACUAGUUCAGGAAUCAACAUGUUCUGUUCUCAGUGCAUGUAAGCUAAUGGUGAAAACUACACAUUUCAUUUAAUCACGCAAAUAAUGAUCAGCUUCUGAAUUCUCCCUGUUGGACCUUCUGUCAACUUCAGCCUUCUGGGCCAACUAAUCAGGAUUCAUAGCAAACAAAGACACCAUGGCAGUAAAAUAUUAACAGUGGAUAUUAACAAAUCCGCCACAUUUCCUUUACAGUUCCCAUUUUAAAACUAUACAGGCUCGACAGUUUUUCACUUUAAACAUUGACAGCUUGUACAAACAUCCAUAAAUUGUACACUGGUAACGUUUGAAAAAUAAUGAGGUUUUAUCUCAUUCCCUUCAGGAAGCGCUCAGUGUUUGUCGUGAGCAACGCCAAAAGAAAAGGCAGCAACUAUAUAGAACUAUAGAUGAUGCAAAGUGGAAUCCAGAGAGAACCUUUCAGACUUACAUUCCUCAUGUUUUACAUCUGGAAUUAAUAUAUUCACACAUAGGCAAUAUGAACAUACCAAGGCUUUUAAGAGUUAAAAAUUGCAAAAAGUUUUCUGUCAGUCUUCUUUAGUUGAAUAUUCCUAGAACAUUCAACAGAAACCUCCCCUUAGUGUGGAAAUUAAAGAAGCAAAACCCUUUAUACUGUUGAGGUAAAACAAACUGAACCAGCUAAAAUAUGGUUAUUAAGGUUAAUUUUCUGUACAAUAAAAACUUAAAACUUCAACAAAAAAAAAUUCAGAAGUAACCAUAUCAGGGUUUUUGUUUUUUUUUGUGUGAAUAUAUCAAAUUUUAGACAUUAACUGUAAUUACAUGCUACAUCAUUUUUACAAGUAAAUUUUACAUUACAUAGUUAUAAUUUUUAUUAAAAUGUGUUAAGGACAAUUGGAAACAUUUUCAACAUUAUUGAAGGUUAUCAUAGAUAACCUCAUCCCAGCCUAAAUGUGCGUAACUGAUUUGGUUACUGGCAAUAAGAAAAAAAGUUUACUUUCUUCUACUUUACUGGUAGGAUACAAUAGGUAAAUCAAUAUUUUAAGCCCCUGGAAAAUAAAACUGCAAUAUCCCACCCAGGUGAGUAUUGUAUUAACCUGUUGCACUUCUGCUGCAACACAUCCACACUUUUAAAUGCCGUUUCAUUUGACUCGCUGAAUGUUGUGCCAAUUUAAGCCCGUGUUUUUGUUUUUUCAUUUUUAGUUUGUUUGAGCUUAAAUGCGUUACAGCUGCUGAUUUCUCACACAAUGACCCUGACAUGAAGCAUCUGUCACAAAAGCAGCUCCAGAGAGAAAACGAUGGGUUGUUUUUGUUGUUUUGUUCCGACUCCAUUUCUUUUCUCUUUUUUUUUUUUUACAGUAAAAUAAACUGCUGAGAUGUUUCACGGGUACAUAUCGGUAUUUUUCUUCCAUAUACUUUGCUCGUCACUGAUAAACUCAGUCUUGUGUAUAAAAACUGGUGUGUUGGGCAGAGUGUACUUACGUUUUUACUGAAAAAUCUGUUAUGAAAGUACCUAACGUCUACCAACAGAUGGCAGCAGAGCUCCAUCAUUUUGUUUAUGAAGGCGCGGCAUUCAUGAUUAAAGCUUGGAAAACAAGACGGACGAACUGAUUAAUACAGUUGGUUCAUCCAUAACUCUAUUAAUAUCUAUAUUUACAUUAUAGUCAAAUCACUCAUUGCUUCGUUAAGUUUGGUACUUGGUCAUGAAAUCCUCUUGUGUUCAGUAGAAAAUAGGUUUUGUAGCAGAAGCACAGCAGCAUUUAUUUGGUUUUGAAGCAGACAUAAUGACGUUGACCUUUUUUGGACAGGAAAAUUUGCCCUAAUUGGGUGAAAUUUGCCACAAAAUGAUCCCUCAUCACAUGAGGAUACAACUCAUGUUAUUCAAGUUAGCAGCACAUCUAAACAUCCAGAAAAAGCGCAAGUGUUUUUCAAAAAACUCAUAUGUAAUGUUACGUAUCAGUCUGCUGGGGGAAAAAAACAAACGGCAAUUACAAUUUCUUGUGCGUCACGUGGGAGUCUCUAAAUCUCGUGGUAAACUGCAGCUUGUUGUUGCCCGUUAGGAAAUGUAAUUUGAAAGCAGCUAAAUAGCUGCAAAACAACUUUUAAGUACUGGCAGAGCAGAAGCUUGAGAUAUGAACUCAGACUUGAUGUCGACUCUAAAGUAAGAUACUCAAAAAACUUUGAGAAAAAUAAACACACAUUAGCCUUGUUAAUUCUCAGGUAAAAAAUAUUAUCUGCAUCCAUCCAUCACUGUAACAGUCAAGCUAAAAUACAUCCUUAUACGUGCUUUCCUUCACACUAAAUCCAUCUCCAUGAACAAUUGCGUAUAAGGCACUGAUAUUUAUUUUCAGUUCUAAAAUAAUUUUCCCAGGUUGAAUAAAAUGCAUCAUCAAACAUUAUGUUUGGUGCAAGAGUGCAUUUCAUUUAUACAGCGCAGAUUCCUAACAUGUCCAGACAACAUUGUUGUUUCAUAUCCAGAAACAUGAAAGACACUCAGAUAGAAAAGAUUGAAGUUCAAUAACAUACAUUUCAAACCAACGCCAGCUUUAACAGUGACGUUCAUAAUGCCAACUGGUAACACGUUACCGUAGGAAGCUUGGCUGUCAGCAGCUUGUCAUGUACGUGGCGACAGUAGAAAGCACCAACUCCCUUUUAACAAGAAAAAAAGAAAACCAGGAUCUGCUUGGGAAUCGCCGAGUGGCCGAUCGCAGCAGCCUCUUACACCAGAAAAUGUGUUUAUUUUUGGUUCCAUCGUUCUCAAAAAUACGAGCUCCGCCAGUGUUCAUGCGAAACACGUUUUGCACAAAGAAUAGGUUGUCAUGGAGACUGUGCCCAGGCUGGUGGACAGACAUUACUACUGCCCACAAUGUUACACCAAUUUCUUAGAUUUGUGGUUUCCAAAUUUGAUAAUCAAUUACACAGCAGUAUGAGGGCAGCACAAACAGAAUCGUUAGGGUAUAGUCAUUAUAACUCAUGAGUAAUUUUACCUUUUUUAGUAUUACCAUUGUCUGUUGUUCAGUUUGAUUUGUGAAACAUGACUUGUUAAUUUACAGGUUUGCUGUUUGGGAACAACAGAUGUAAAAGGUGCUGCUGUCUCUCUCUAAAGACUUUUGCUCUCUCAACAUCUGAAGGUAGACAGUCCAAUGUCGCUCCAAAAGCAGAAAAGUGUCAUUUUGUUUCAUGUUUACAUUAAUUAAUUAAAUGACAAAUUUAAUAUAUAAGCUACUAAUGUAUAAUGUACUAAUGUUAAUGCUUUAUUUUGAAUUCUUUUGCCCCUCUUUUCCUGGUGAUGACGUCUUCAAAACGCUCUUUCAAUUUCCAUCCCCAAACAAAACUGGUCGAUAUUUCCCCGAAUCUCAAUUUCCUGACAAAACCGCCCACGCAACAUAUUUACUGUAACUGCAAAGAUGCAGGAUGUGGAGUCCGUGACGCAAGACUCCACAUCCUGGCUCCCAAGAAAGCCUGAGCCGUUGUAGCGCGAGAGCCGGCAUGAGGUCAUGUAGGUGUGGUCGCUGCUGGAAAAGCGGAGUAAAAAUCAGACUGCAUUAAUGGGUCGCAUGAGAACGACUUGUUAACGUCUGAUGCCAGAUGUGCGAAGAGCUGCAAGACUUAAAACCGUUUGUUUUCCUUUCCAGCUUCCUCUGCACACACCUUCAGUCACAAUAAGAAUGUAAAAGUUCAGAGAGCAAAGAAACCAAAGCUGCCCACACAAAUGUUGAACGUUGCAUAUAAGCUGCGUGAAAGCAGCGCAAAAGUCCCACGUUCCUGUUGUCGUAAGUACCAGGAAAAAAAAAAACGGCUGAGCUAAAGAACUCAGUAGGAGGUAAAGAAAACAGUGAUGCAUCUUUGCUGUUGGCAACACGGAUGUGUUUAUUCACACAGUCAUUGUGACAGUGGCAUACGCUCGAGGCUGUGUAGGCGAGGAAGGAUGCGGCUGCAAACCGUCUGAGCCGACAGGAGCUUCAUGUUGUCACAAGCACACAUUUAUACACGUCUAUACAAUUAAAAAAAACAAAACACCAAGUUCAGAAAUGAUUACAUCUUGCACUGAAAUCAGUCAUUGAAUAAAUAAUGAGCUCUUGCAAAAGACAACAACAAAAAAAAACAUAUGAUAUGACUGUUUUUACCCCUGAUUAGUGAAUAAUUUAAAGUUUGAGUGACUCAAACAGGAAGGCAGCGUUGCAUAGUUUCACCUCGAGACCAAAAAUGGACAUUCCUACUGUGGAUACAGCUGAAGAAAUACCAGUACUGGGUUUAAAAGAAAGCAUGGGGGCAAGUAGGCAGAACAUGGACGAAAGGUAAAAAAAGAAAAAAGAAAAAGAGAUUCAGAUUAUUGAGUUUCUCUGCGUGUUUUCAGAUUGUUACCUCUUGGUAUCAAAGUAAAAAAAACUACCUGCUGGAGCUUUUCUUAGUUUUAUUCUAAUUUAACCUCUUGUAGUCUAAAGAUUUGUUUUCGGAUUGCUUCUUCACUUUCUUGCCACAAACUCUUACAAAUGAAAUAAAUACACACUGGCAACGCAAUGCAAAUUCUAACACAUUCUCCACCUAAUUGUCAACACCAACUUGGACAUCUUGCAAAAUAUGUCCAGCAUCCACACAAGUUCUUCUUAAAGUUUAAAAACUAUGCAUGUGCACUGGUAUCUAGACACCAUUACAAACAAUGACAUAGAGGUAUACUUUGCACAAUCCCACUCUGGCGUCUGUCCUGGAAAACUCAAGUUUUUAUGGGUUAGUUAAUAUCCGUCUCGUUUCUUCUGACUCCACUUCCAAAUGACUUUAAAUGUGAGCUAAAGUUGAAACGACCGGAAAGAAAAAGGAGGAAACGGUAUCAAAGAAAAGAAAGACGAGCUUCAAUCUUUAGCCGGACUGCAGAACGUCUUUUGAGCUUUGAUGUAGGUCAUGCUGACAUUAUCGUCACCUGCUUGCAAAGCAUUAGUAAUAGAGCAUUUUGUAAUACAAUCCCAUGUAGAUAUUUUCCAAAGAAGAAAGAUUUAAAACGAGAUGUGGGAUUUUCUGUAAAAUUUAACGGGAGUUUUAAUUAUUCAAGACAAGUUCAGAUUAUCCUUUCAAUCGGCAGACAUGUUCUUUAUGCGUCACAAUCAGCUUAAAGUUCCCAACGUGGAACAGGAGGCGGGUGUUGAACACAACCAGCUAAUAUCAAGCCUCAAAAUAAUAAAGGCAUUAGCCAACAGAAUUUAAGGCUGAGGCUGCUUUUGUAUUUAAAAACUCCUGAUGCAUCUUAACCACCUGGGUGAAGAUCACAGCAGACCUCAGAUAAAUUUAAAGGAAACUCCCGACACAUGUUGCCCAUUUGGUUCUGCGAUCCAACUGCAUGCCUCUAAAGCACACAAAGCUGCUGACUAAUGCAUUUAUGAGAAAAUGAGUCAAAAGUUUUGCCCCAGACAAAGCCAAAAAUAAAGCACAGUCAGCAACCGGUGCUGCUGCUUUGAGAGAGAGCUUAGAGCAGGGGAGAGAAAAGCGGCGGAAACUCUGAUUUUACAUUUU